ACGCAGCACUUUCGCGGCUUUGACAAGCCCGCAGCGGCCGGGCUGGAACGCUGAGCCCGGCCGAGACUGCGCCAUGCAGGAAGCGCCAGCUGCGCUGCCCACGGAGCCAGGCCCCAGCCCGGUACCUGCCUUCCUCGGCAAGCUAUGGGCUCUGGUGGGCGACCCAGGCACCGACCACCUCAUCCGCUGGAGCCCGGUGAGGGCUGGGGCCCCUCAACUCCCUCAGUGGUCCCCGGGGUCCCUCCAGUGUCUGUGAACACCCAAGUCCACCCAGCCCCCGCCUGGGACUGGGCUAGUGGGACCAGCUUCCUCGUAAGUGAUCAGAGCCGCUUCGCCAAGGAAGUACUGCCCCAGUAUUUCAAGCACAGCAACAUGGCGAGCUUUGUUCGCCAGCUCAACAUGUACGGCUUUCGGAAGGUGGUGAGCAUUGAGCAAGGUGGCCUGCUCAGACCAGAGCGUGAUCACGUUGAGUUCCACCAUCCAAGCUUCGUGCGGGGCCGUGAGCAGCUACUGGAGCGCGUGCGCCGCAAGGUACCUGCGCUGCGAGGCGAGGACAGUCGAUGGCGUCCCGAAGAUCUGGGCAGACUGCUGGGAGAGAGUCUGGACCUCUGCAUUCUGUGGGGCACGGUGCCCGGGCAAACUCAGGUGCCUCAGCCUCCUUCCACUCCUUCCCACAGGCAGAACGAGAUCUUGUGGCGAGAGGUGGUGACCCUGAGGCAGAGCCACAGCCAGCAGCACCGGGUCAUCGGCAAGCUAAUCCAGUGCCUGUUUGGGCCGCUUCAGACAGGGCCCAGCAGUACAGGGACCAAGAGAAAGCUGUCCCUGACACUAGAUGAGGGGAGCUCAUGCCCAGCUGCUGCCAAAUUCAAUGCCUGCCCCCUGUCUGGUGCUCUCCUCCAGGACCCCUACUUUAUUCAGUCGCCCCUCCCAGAGACUACCUUGGGCCUCAGCCCUCACAGGGCCCGAGGAGGGCCCAUCAUCUCUGACAUCCCAGAAGAUUCCCCCUCUCCUGAAGGGCACAGGCUUUCUCCCUCCAGCGGUGGUAGGAGGGUGAAGGGCCUGGCACUGCUCAAAGAAGAGCCGGCCAGUCCAGGGGGGGAUGGCGAGGCCGGGCUGGCCCCGGCCCCAAACGAGUGUGACUUCUGCGUGACAGCACCCCCACCGCUGCCCGUGGCUGUGGUGCAGGCCAUCCUGGAAGGGAAAGAGAGCUUCAGCCCCGGGGGGCCCAGGAGUGUACAACAGCCCGAACCAAGGGGCCCUAGGGAGGUACCUGACAGGGGAACUCUGGGCCUGGAUCGGGGUAACCGGAGCCCAGAGAGUCUGCUGCCCCCAAUGCUGCUUAGGCCUCCCCCUGAAACUAUGGAGCCCACAGCACCCAUGGAUGUGCUGGGCCCCAGCCUGCAAGGACGGGAAUGGACCUUGAUGGAUUUGGACAUGGAGCUGUCUCUGAUGCAGCCCUUGGCUCCAGAGAGGGGUGAAGCUGAGCUGACAGUCAAGGAGUUGAAUUCUUCAGGUGUAGGGAAAGACCACAUGCUGGGAACCCCACUCCUGCUGGACGUUCAGGCGGACUUGGAGGGUGCAACCCUGUCUGUGCCCGGGGCUUUAACCCUUUACAAUGCCCCUGAGAGCAAUGCCUCCUACUUGGAUCCUAGAGCCAGUCCCUCCUCCCCCUGAGACCCGCACCCCUCUGAAAAAGCCUGGCUAAGGAACCAGCACGCAGCAGCACACUCCUUUAGGCUCCCCGGCGCCCCAUACACACACCCCCGGGAGGUGAGCAAAGGCCCCAGUAUUCCGCAGCCUCUCCCCACAAUCCCAGCGAGCCCUGCAACAUAAACUGCGUUCCACCACUCUG